AUGAACAUUUAUUUUUGCGGAAGUAUUCGAGGUGGACGACAAGAUAUUGCUAUUUACCAACAAAUUGUGACUUGUCUUAAAACAUAUGGUAGAGUUUUAACAGAACAUGUUGCCUUUCCUGAAUUAGAAAUUUCAGAAAAAACUUUGAAUGAUGCUGAAAUUCUUGAACGUGAUAUGCAAUGGUUAUCUCAAGCUCAAAUAGUAGUUGCUGAAGUAACACAACCAUCUUUAGGUGUUGGUUUUGAAAUAGCACGAGCUAUUACUUUAAAUAAACCUGUACUUUGCUUAUUUCGGCCAUCGAGUGGACAUCGAUUGUCAGCUUUAAUACGUGGUGCAGCAAAUAAUCGUUCAUUUUUCAUUGGAAAUUACGAAGAACGUGAACAUUUCGAGAAAUUUAUACAAGAUUUUAUGGGUUAUUGUUCGCAAAAGCGAACAGUUUGA